AUGUGCACCUAUCUGUUAUCGCUUGUUUGGAUUAUAUCAACAUUCAUUGUCAUUCCUACAGACCAAACUUCAGAUCUUGAAAUUCAGGAUAUUAAAAUCUUGUGGAGAGGUAAGCCUCUAAACAUCUUUAACGUUUAUCACCCUUCUAACCAGAAAAACCUUGCUGCAAAUUUUUCCAACUUUAUGGAUAAGAACUCUAUUAUUAUAGGGGACCUUAAUGCAAAACAUACUGCUUGGGGCUGUAGUAGUGAUAACGAUAGAGGCAUUGAUGUCCUUCAAAUGAUGGAUCAAAAUGAAUUUAUUAUCCUCAACGAUGGUUCUCAUACGCAUUCUUCCUUCAGUUAUAAUACCUCUAAGGCCUUGGAUAUUGCCAUGACCAGUGCAGAAUUAGUUCCCCAGUGUUCCUGGUCUGUACUAGAUAACAUUGGAAGUAACCACUUACCAAUUCUUAUAGAACUCAACAAAAAGCAAAAGAUCUUCCAUUCCAAAGAAAACUUCUGGAACUUCAACAAGGCGAAUUGGGAUUCUUUUAGCGAUUCCGUAGAUAAGGAAAUUUCAACAGUACCCAUGACUGGAAAUCUUAAUAAUGACUGGAAUAAUUUCAAGAAUAUUAUCCCUAAAUAUGCCAAGGCAUGCAUUCCUAGAGGUAAUGUGAAGCGCUAUGUCCCUUGUUACACAAAAAAUACCGCCGUACUUGAGCCUCUCUUGGAAAAAACAAAAAGCCUACUUGAGGCCUCUGGGCCUGUAGUAAAUAACAGAAGAACUGCUAUCAAUAAAAUUAAUGCAGAGAUCAAACUGACUUAUGCUCACCUUAAAAGAUCCAGAUGGAAUGAAUUGUGCAGUAAAAUUGAUCCUAGAACUCCAAAUACUAAACUUUGGAAAAUCAUCAAGGGUAUAUGCAAGGAACAGAUUCAAAAUGAAGAAUGCAAUUCAAUCAGGAACACCGACGGACAAAUCUUCCCUGACGACAAAUGA